AACCAAUUUGGCGCAAGAACAGGAAGGCUCUGCAAUCGGCCUUUCAAUACAAAAUGUUGGAAGAAUUUAAUCGAGUUUUCAAUGAAGUCGGAAACAAAUUGGUGCAAAGAUUCGAGGAAAUUCUUGGAAGACAAGUGGAUGUAUGUCCUUACGUCAAUCAUACAACCAUGGAUAUAAUUUACGAAAGUAUAUUGGGUUUGGAUUUCGAUGAAAAUCCGGAGGAAAACUUGAAGUUUUCUAAUAAUAUUUACAAGUACAUGGAUAUUAGCACGGAACGGAUGUUUUCGAUCAUCAAAAGAAGCGACUCUUUGUUCCAAUUGUUGCCUGAUCACAAAAGGCAGCAAGUUUGUUUGCAAGAGAUUCGCAGCUUUACUACUUGCGUAGUGAAUAAGAGGAUGGAAGAAAUGAAAUAUCGGCGUGAUGAUGAAAACUCCGACGACGCGGAUUUGGGGAUUAAAAAGAAGAGUACAUUUUUGGAUAUUUUACUGGAGCGAUUUAAAAAUGAAAAGGAAUUACCUUACGAUUAUAUCAACGAAGAAUUAAGUACAAUUUUGACUGCGGUAAAUAUUAAUUAA